AUGUUCUACCAGUGCCUUGAGGACGAAUUUUGCGAGUCCUUUCCGCUUGCCGUCCCUGAUAUAAUGAUACCAACCGAGACGCUUGAACUUCAUGGCACGCACGCCGAGCCCCAAAAGGUUUGGUGCAGUAUUGUCAAUGCGUAUUCCACCGCGGAACUCACUCAAGACUCUGAUGAGCUCAUAGCUAUAGCUGGUGUUUCUGAGAAAAUGCAGGAAAGGCUGUGCGAUCGAUAUGUGGCAGGCCUAUGGGAGAGUAACCUGCUCACAGAGCUCUUGUGGUCGGCUUCAGAAGCCAACAAGCCUCGCCCCAACCCUUGCAUUGCGCCGACGUGGUCAUGGCUAUCCACGAACAGCACCGUAAAGGCCAUGACACUGCAACACCCACAACAUAUUCGAAAACAGUUGGCCGCAGUCGUAAGCACGGCGGUAGAUUUACUGGACCCAUCACAUGCCACGGGCAACAUUCAUCCUGGCGCAAUGAUUCAGCUCAGAGGCCGUCUCAAGCCCGCCGAGUGGGAUCUGGUAGCCGAGCACCGCGCCGAUGACUUUCGAAGAUAUCAAGUCACCUGCGACGGGUUUUACGGAUCUCGCCAGAGUCUGACCAGUGGGAUGGAUCUCCCAACGAGAGGGCUUCCUGAAUUAUGGACCCAAGUCGACGCGUGCCCCGGCCCGGACCUGACCCUUCUCGACAUCAGCCUCCUACCCAUUGCCAUCUUCGCCGGGAGUAAGGGUGGUCCCGACCACGUCCAAGGUCUGGUCUUGACUCCCAAGGACGCCGCUGCGGGAGUCUACGAGCGGCCCAGCAGCCUCGCCGUGGACCAUGCCGUGGACCAUGCCCCCUCCGACAUAGAGAAAAUGAUCGUCCUGCUUCCGGAGGAGCGCGAUGCUCCUAUACCCUUUCAGAACACAUGCGAGAUCUCCGACGGCUGUCUCCCAUGA